GCAGGUUGGGGUGGCGGGGUAUGAGGUUUGUGUCGUUUUGAGGAGACGGGGGGGUUAGGGUGGUUUCUUGGGGAUCUGGUCAAGGUGUUUUGGACACGCCUGAUGCAUGGGCGGGUUGUGCGGCGUUGGAAUGGGGGUUCGGUGGUGCUGGGUGUAUCAGGUGGUGAACAGGAAGAAAGAAAGUGCAAGGGGGAGCUGUGCUGGUGUGGCGGUUUGCAUGCUGCUUGCAGUUUCAGCGUAUGCAUCAUUUGUGGCUCUUGUAGGGAGAAAUCCUGCGGGAGCCUGGACUUGGCGAGGAGUGCAUGACCCUAUUCGCGAUCAUUCUUGGGCUGCGAUGAUACCUCUAGCGAACUCUGGGUCUGGCCCGGCAGAUAGAGCGAGAAAUCUUCUCUCGAGCGGAAAUGGCCGUGGUGACAUAUCAGGUGGCCCUGACCUUUCAAGACUCCUCCCGACAUGAAUACCACCGUCUGGAAGACAAGCAAAACAGCUCUCGCUUUUCCUUUCGAAGCAUUCAGAUUGUAUUCAGACGAAUAUCCAGAGGUCUCCGGAACUUACAAUCAAUCCUGUCUCUGAAGUGACAAUCCCACACAAGAUAUUUCUCAGGCGAAAGAUCAAAGACAAUCGAUGACUGGGCAAGAUCUGGACCGGCACUUGAG